AAUGCUAAACGCACCUAGUGAAGGGCUAAUUGACUAUUUUAUAGGUUACCGGCAAAAAGAAGAAAAAAAAACCCGGCAAGAUAACAAAAGAGAGAGGGUUUCCUUGGAAAUUAAAAGCACAAUUGGAGUAGCCAAGCCAGAAUCCCUGUAAUUAGUUUCGUUUCGAAAAUAAGUGAUACGCGUUUGUUUGUUGAAGUGAGGGACGUUGAUAAGGAAAAACAGAAAAGAAAUUAGAGGAAAUGGGAAGUUCGUCAAAUGAUGAUUUCUCGGUGGUGGUGCUUGCUUCAGAUUUGGGCAUAGACGCCCGUCCUUUCUUAUCGAACCAAGACACUGAAAUUGAAGACCAAGACAACUGGCAUGACUGUUCGCAGGAUUUUUCCGAUGAAGAUUUCUCCGACCUCGAGUUCCUCCAGUUCGUCUGCCUUCAGGGCUCUGAUAAAUCGGGUAAUCGCAUUUUACGCAUUGUCGGAAAGUACUUUCCCGCUCCAGUUGUUAGCGGGGAGCGACUGAAGAGAUAUAUAUACCACAAGAUAUGCAGUGAGUUGCCUGAAGGUCCAUUCUGCUUAGUUUAUAUGCACAGUACAGUGCAGAAGGAGGAUAACUCCCCUGGUGUUACUAUCUUGAGGUGGAUUUACGAAGAACUUCCCCCUGAGAUCAAGAAUAGGCUGCAAGUCAUCUACUUCAUACACCCUGGGCUUCGUUCACGGCUUGUCUUUGCCACUCUUGGCCGAUUCUUCUUAAGUGGGGGUUUAUACUGGAAGAUCAAAUACAUAAACCGCCUACAAUACCUAUGGGAGGACAUAAAGAAGGGAGAGGUUGAGAUCCCUGAAUUUGUGCAAAACCAUGACGAUGUUCUUGAGCACCGGCCCUUAACAGAUUAUGGUAUUGAGCCAGAUCCUCUCCACUUAACAGAGGUACCUAACACUGCUUACUCAUUAGGGAGGUAUGAAGAGAGAUUAACCUCAAGGGAAUUCAUGUCAUAGUUUAGAUAUUAAACACACAGCUGAACCCAGUAAAAGGGUUUGCAGGAUCUGGCCUGUAGGAAUUAUCAGGUAAAACAAGAAAUAAGAUUUGUCUAUAGUAGUCUUUAUAUUGCGUGCCUUGAAUUGUGAGAAAUCGCUACGCUGUACUUGUAGUUAAUUAAAUUUGGUGUGUUAUGGCUAACAUUAAUGCAUAGAUUUACUAUUAUAUUGCAGCUUUAAAA